GCGAGGACAGGAAGCCAGAAGGCGGCCCUGGGCCACCCCGCGUCAUUGAGACCGUGCGACCCGGAAUCCGGGCUUGGACUUGGCUCUCAGCUCCUCGUUUCACACUCACGUGUCAUUACCUGUGGUUUUUGUCUUUGCUCUCCCCCCCACCCCGCACAGAUCCGGAGUUAGGUGUCGGCACACUGCCCGAACAUGACAGCCAGGAUGCAGGGCCGAUUGUCCCCAAGAUAUCCGGUCUAGAGAGAAGCCAGGAGAAGAGCCAGGACUGUUUGAAAGAGCCCAUCUUUGAGCCCGUGGUGCUUAAAGACCCCUGCCCUCAGGUCCCCCAGCCGCUGCCCCAGCCCCAGGCGGAACCCCAGCCCCGAGCUCCUUCUCCAGACCCCGACCUGGUGCGGCGCACAGAGGCCCCGCCUCAGCCCCCACGUCCAAGCACACAGCCACCACAGGCGCCCCCAGAGGCCCAGCUUCAGCCCGCCCCUCAGCCUCCGGUGCAGAGGCCGCCGAGGCCGCAGUCCCCCACCCAGCUGCUCCACCAGAGUCUCCCGCCUGUGCAGGCCCGUCCCUCAUCCCAGAGCCUCACCCAGCCAUUGUCCGCCUACAACAGCAGUAGCUUAAGCCUCAACAGCUUAAGCAGUAGCAGAAGCAGCACCCCAGCAAAGACUCAGCCCGCCCCGCCUCACAUCUCUCACCACCCUUCGGCCUCCCCGUUCCCCCUGUCACUGCCCAACCACAGCCCCUUGCACAGCUUCACACCCACCCUCCAGCCCCCUGCACACUCACAUCACCCCAAUAUGUUCGCCCCUCCCACGGCUCUGCCUCCGCCACCACCUCUGACUUCAGGGAGUCUGCAGGUCCCCGGACACCCGGCCGGAAGCACUUACUCAGAGCAAGACAUCUUGCGACAGGAACUGAACACACGCUUUCUGGCCUCUCAGAGUGCUGACCGCGGGGCUUCCCUGGGCCCUCCGCCCUACCUGCGGACCGAGUUCCACCAGCACCAGCACCAGCACCAGCACACGCACCAGCACACGCACCAGCACACCUUCACGCCGUUCCCCCACGCCAUCCCCCCCACCGCCAUCAUGCCGACGCCAGCACCUCCCAUGUUUGACAAAUACCCUACAAAAGUUGACCCAUUCUACCGGCACAGUCUCUUCCAUUCCUACCCUCCUGCAGUAUCGGGCAUCCCCCCUAUGAUUCCACCCACUGGUCCUUUUGGUUCACUACAAGGAGCAUUUCAGCCGAAGACCUCCAACCCUAUCGAUGUCGCUGCUCGACCCGGGACCGUCCCGCACACUCUGCUCCAGAAGGACCCGAGGUUGACAGAUCCUUUCAGACCUAUGUUAAGGAAACCAGGGAAGUGGUGUGCUAUGCAUGUUCACAUCGCCUGGCAAAUCUACCACCACCAACAGAAAGUCAAGAAACAGAUGCAGUCAGACCCACAUAAGCUGGACUUCGGAUUGAAACCCGAGUUCCUGAGCCGCCCCCCAGGCCCCAGCCUCUUCGGAGCCAUCCACCACCCCCAUGACCUGGCCCGGCCUUCAACUUUGUUCUCUGCCGCUGGUGCUGCACACCCAACCGGGACCCCUUUCGGGCCACCGCCUCAUCACAGCAACUUCCUUAACCCUGCCGCUCACCUGGAGCCUUUUAACCGUCCGUCUACGUUCACUGGCCUCGCAGCGGUUGGUGGCAAUGCCUUCGGGGGACUUGGAAAUCCUUCAGUUACACCCAACUCAAUGUUCGGCCACAAGGAUGGCCCCAGUGUGCAGAACUUUAGCAGCCCUCACGAGCCCUGGAACCGGCUGCACCGAACGCCUCCGUCGUUCCCGACCCCUCCGCCCUGGCUGAAGCCAGGCGAGCUGGAGCGUAGCGCGUCCGCUGCAGCUCAUGACAGAGAUAGAGACGUAGAUAAACGAGACUCAUCUGUUAGUAAAGAUGACAAAGAAAGGGAAAGCGUUGAGAAAAGACACUCCAGCCACCCUUCACCAGCACCUAUCCUCCCAGUGAGCACCCUGGGACAUAACCGUAGCUCCGCUGAACAGAUCAGGGGUCAUUUGAACACUGAGGCUCGCGAGAAAGACAAAUCCAAAGAGAGGGAGAGAGACCACUCGGAAUCCCGCAAGGACCUGACCGCCGACGAGCACAAGGCGAAGGAGGGCCACCUGCCGGAGAAGGACGGCCACGGCCACGAGGGGCGAGCCACGGGCGAAGAGGCCAAGCAGCUGGCCCGGGUGCCGUCACCCUACGUGCGGACCCCCGUGGUGGAGAGCGCCAGGCCCAACAGCACCUCGAGCCGCGAGGCCGAGCAGCGCAAGAGCGAGCCGGCCUACGAGAACCCCAAGAAGAGCUCGGAGGUCAAGGUGAAGGAGGAGCGCAAGGAAGACCACGACCUGCCUCCGGAGGCCCCGCAGACCCACCGGUCUUCGGAGCCACCUCCUCCGAACUCCUCGUCCAGCGUGCACCCGGGGCCCCUGGCCUCGAUGCCCAUGACGGUGGGGGUGACGGGCAUUCACCCCAUGAACAGCAUCAGCAGCCUGGACAGGACUCGCAUGAUGACCCCGUUCAUGGGCAUCAGCCCCAUCCCGGGCGGAGAGCGGUUCCCGUACCCUUCUUUCCACUGGGACCCCAUACGGGACCCUCUGAGGGAUCCCUACCGAGAACUUGACAUUCACCGGAGAGACCCGCUGGGCAGGGACUUCCUGCUAAGGAACGACCCUCUGCACCGUCUCUCGACGCCGCGGCUCUACGAAGCCGAUCGCUCCUUCAGGGACAGGGAGCCUCACGAUUACAACCACCACCACCACCACCACCACCACCCUCUGUCUGUGGACCCUCGGCGGGAGCACGAGCGCGGGGCUCACCUGGAAGAGCGGGAGCGCUUGCACAUGCUCAGAGAAGACUACGAACACACACGGCUCCACCCCGUGCACCCCGCCUCCCUGGACGGACACCUGCCGCACCCCAGCCUCCUCACCCCGGGGCUCCCCAGCAUGCACUACCCCAGGAUCAGCCCCACCGCGGGGCACCAGAACGGACUGCUCAACAAGACCCCCCCGACGGCGGCGCUGAGCGCGCCCCCCCCGCUCAUUUCCACGCUGGGGGGCCGCCCGGUCUCCCCCAGAAGGACUACCCCUCUGUCUGCAGAGAUGAGGGAGAGGCCUCCUUCCCACACCCUGAAGGAUAUCGAAGCUCGGUAAGGAGGGCAGGACGCGAGGGAGGAAAGAGAAGCCCUUGCGCACCAACAGGGCGCCAGACCGGAGACGGGGAGCCAGCGCGGGCCCACCAGACUGGGGGGGGGGGGGGGCCGCACGCCCCGCCUCCUCCCCUUGUAAAAAAUGUAUAGGCUCCAGUGCAGAUUUUGAAAUGGUUUUUUUUUUUUUUUUGUAUAUCAUAUGUUGAAAUUUUUCAGAUCUUUCAGCCAAGUCCUAUGUUCUCAUGUCUCUAACUCUUUUGGUUUCUUGCAUAAGACUUUUUGAUUUGAACCAAAACAGUGAAGACGACAGACACACAGCGACGCGGUGGUGACUGGGGGAGAGACAAACAGCGGUCCACGCAGCCCAUCGUGCGAAGCUCCUUCAGAUGAGAAAGGAAGGCCGUGUACAUAGCUAUGUAAAAACACACACACAGAAAAAAC